AGUUGCCUUUCUGCUCCUGGACCGUUGUCGCUCUUCUGCGUUAGUUCAUCUGGCGACGAGGAUGGGAUCACCGUGACCUGGCCUACUGGACGCCAUCAACGAAGAUGCGGCGGCUCAACGAGGCCACGCUACUACUGGAGGCGUCGCUACCAUAGGCUAGCAAGAGAUCCGGAAUCCAAACAAGUAACACAUUUACUUCUCCUACCAAGCCAUGUCUCGGCUCGGCAGACUAGACGAGUACGACCCUAAGGUUCAGAACUUCGAAUCUUAUGUCGAACGAUUUGAGCAUUACGUCAGGGCAAACGAGAUAGCGGAAGCGAAGAAACUGUCCGUUUUCUUGACAGUAAUUGGUGCAGAAGCAUAUGAAAUUCUCAAAAACUUGGUCGUUCCAUUGCUACCAGGAGAUAAGACCUUCGCGGAAGUAAAAGAGCUCUUGCAAAGCCACUACAACCCGAAGACGUCUGUAAUUGCAGAAAGGUGCAAAUUCAACCGCCGAGUGCAACUUGACCACGAAAGUGUCGAAGACUUCGUAGUAGAGUUGAAGCACCUAGCCCGCAAAUGUAACUUCGGGCCAUUUCUCCUGGACGCGCUACGCGAUAGAUUGGUAGCUGGGAUCCGAAGUGAAGAAACGCAGAAGGCGUUGUUCACGGCUGACGCACUCACGUUUGAAAGGGCAUGUAAAAUAGCUCUUGACAGCGAAUUGGCCGCGAAACAAACAGCCGCAAUACAAGCAGGAAGCCGCGCAGAGAGCAUAAACGCAGUGAAAAUGAAAACUAACGAGCAUCAGCGCAGCGACCGUGACCAAGCGAAGGGUAAAAGCUCGGCGCGAGACAAGACCAAGAAACAAAAAUGUUACCACUGUGGCAAGACACACGCGCCAGAACAGUGCUGGUAUCAAAACUACUCGUGCAGACUAUGUUCAAAAGUUGGAUACCUUCAAAACAUGUGUCGAACGAGCAAAAGUGAGCUGAAGGCACAUGCAGUACUGGAAUCGUCAGACGAAGAAGAGCACACUCUGUACAACUGCACAGUCUACACAUCUGUGAAGAACGGUUAUGUGGUGACUGUAAAUGUGGAGGGCCAGAAAGUGCCAAUGCAGGUGGACACGGGGGCCGCAGUGACAGUUGUACCUGAAAACCUGUCUCAGCUGAACCAUUGCAGCUACUUCCCGACACAAGGCGCCUGGCUGAGCCGCAACAACCGCCAGAUACCGAUCCCGUCGUCAUCCCUACAAGACUCCUGA